UGGGGCCCCUGGGCAAUAAGGGAUCAUGGGGCCCCUGUGUCCUUGCCCAAACUCAAAAAAGCCUAUGAAAAAGGCACCAGAGGCAUCUCAUGGGGCCCCCUACUGACCCUGGGCCCUCGGGCAGUGCCCGAGUUUCCAAAUGGUCAGUCCGCCACUGAUAAUAACAAUGGCAUAGAAAUUACAUGCUUGAAAAUGCCACAGAUCAGAUCAUUGGACAAACUAAAGUGUAUGUAAAGACAAAACUUUGCCAAUCACAGUGGCCUUUUACCACGUGAUCAGCUGUGUCCAAUGACACAGCAGAUCACCAGGUAAAUGCAGUUGCUGGUUGUCGACUGCACUUUCCUCACGCUGUCACAGCAUGAGGAAAUUACUGC